AUGCCUGAUAUUGAAAGUUAUGCACACAACGGCAACAUUCCUCACCCGGAGAAGAUCAUUGGAGAAGAAAAUGCGGUGUUGAGAGAUUGGAAUCCUCGAGCUCUAGUGAGAGCCCUAUAUGAGGUGUCGUAUGAGCCACGAGUGGAGACAAAACGGAAUCGCUUUAUCAGUAUGGAAGGUCAUGUUGAGGUGCCCUCAGAUGAGACAUCCACCGUAGCCGAAUUGGAAAGACAUUGGAAACAGCUGUAUAUGCGUACCAAGGAAGGAAGGUUACAGAUUUUUGUGUCCCACUGUGCUGAUGAAGCGCCGGCUGAAGAAAUAGUGCUCUCUGGUGUCGACGUGGACGCGAACAGAGAUGAACGAACGCUUACCAUUCAUGGCGGACGCGAUCAUAUCAGAAUGACAUUACGCGUACAAUCGAAUGUGUUCGACAAAUGGCGACAUUCACUUCUUUCCCAUGCUGCUUCAUCACAAAUUGAUGCCUAUGUUAAACCGAUUCCGAAGACGUUCCAGCAUCUUACCGAGCGAGUGGUUGUGCUUGAAAUCGGUUCCUGUUCUAUUCGUGGUGGUGUGCUGACAACUGAACCUAGCCUUCCGCAGUCUUUCUUCCCGGCCAUCGCUGUACGUACAGAUGACGGUCGAAUUAUUGUCGGUGAAGACGCCUAUGCUCCUGAGAUCCGCCAUCAUGGAGAAUUUGUUCGUCCGAUUCAAGCGUUGGAUCCUAAUGUUGAGCGAUACACUAUGGAUCGUGAGGUCGUAAAAGAGUGCAUGAAAAAGGUUGUCAAAGACCUCAAUGUGAAUCCUUCGCAGUACAAGGUCCUUCUGUCCAUUCCACAAAACAUCCCUGUUGCUCUUAUCGGUGAAUUACUCACACUCGCCUUGAAGGACAUCGGCUUCCAAGGUGCCGCUAUUACACGCCAACCGUCUUUGAUCCUUUACGCAUAUGAUGUUACCACAGGUGUAGUUGUCGACAUUGGAGAUCGCUUGAACAUUGUUCCUGUUAUUGAUGGUUAUGUUGUUGAGUCAGCGAUCUGUUCAAUACCAUAUGGAGCAACUCAAGUGCGAGAAGCGUUACGGACCACCUUGUGCUCGAAUAACAAAGGACUGUAUUCAUUCCAGAGCCCCAUAGAGAAGCUCAUUCUGCGCUACGUCUUGGAACAGACAAGCUACGUCCCUGAUGACUACACACAAGAGGAAAAGACGUCAAAAGAAGUCAAUAUAUCCCUUGAUCGAUUUGACCCUCUCCCAGGGAUGCCAACGAAAUUCAGCAUAGAUAACUCACGGUUCCUCUGCACAGAAGGCCUUUUCCGCCCGAAGAAGUGGGGUCUUGAUACCAAAGGCCUGCAUCAGCUGGUACAUGAAGCCGUCCAGAUGAGCCCAAUCGACAGCAGGAGAACUCUUUACAGGAAUAUCUAUCUUGCUGGGGGAGCGUCCUUAAUGCCCGGUUUGGCCGAGAAGUUGGAACAAGAACUUGCCGCCAUUGUACCGAACUCUAUUCAUACCCAGGUACACAUAUCCCCAUGGAGGUACAAUGCAGCGUAUUUGGGAGCCCAAAUAGUCGCUUCAGCGUCAACAUUCAGUGAUAGCUGUAUUUCACUCGAAAAUCUGCCAACGUUCCUAUCACAUCUACAAUCCUCUUGUUUUUGA